GGGAGUGUGCCGUCGUGCCUGCAGCAUCAGAAAACAACAGGCGAAGUGGCGAUAAUUUACCCCGAAUAUUGUCAUCGUUCCGGAAGAUGGUGGCCAAACAGAGGAUCCGCAUGGCCAACGAGAAACACAGCAAAAACAUCACGCAGAGAGGCAACGUAGCCAAGACGCUGCGACCACAGGAGGAGAAGUAUCCGGUGGGGCCCUGGCUGCUGGCCCUCUUUGUAUUUGUUGUAUGUGGAUCAGCCAUAUUUCAGAUCAUCCAGAGCAUCCGGAUGGGAAUGUGAUCCAGAGGAAGCCUCCAGACUCUCCCUCCCCCCUCACCCCCUCACUGAGCCUGGGUAGCUCACCUCCGCUCACCCCCCCCCGCCCCUCCAGGAGCCCGGAGACUGACAGGAAAGCCUUGGAUCCACCAGACCUCAGAGAGAGGAGCUUCCCGCCCACCGCCGCCACCAGCCCUCCAUCCUGCCAUCCCUCUUCCUCUCCCGCGUCCUGUUCCUCAUCUUCCUCCCCUCGAUCAGCGUUUACAGUAUAGCAAACUGUGGCACUAACAGCUUUUCUAUGGACAGUCUGAAACCACGCCGGCUGGAGAAACUCUGUUUUACCAUUCACUUGGCUCAUAAUCUGUGUGUGUAUGUGUGUGAGUGUGUGCGUGUGUGAGUGACAGCAUCGUGAAGCUGUGAGAGUGUGCGCUGUCAAUGAUGUGAUUCCUGCUGACAAUGUGCCAUACUAGUCUGUUUCGAUAUUUGUCUGUGUUGCGUGACAAGAAUCUUUUUUCAAAUAAAUGUGAAGAGCAGAAAACACUGGAGGAAGAGGCUCUGCUUGGAUCUGAUGUGUGUGUGUGUGUGUGUGUGUGUGUGUGUGUGUGAAAGACAACAGCUGCUCAUCAGGGAGUGUGUCUCCCAUAAUCCACA